UAGUCCACCAUGGCGACGAUCAGGGACGGCGAGAAGCAGAGCCGGUACGUGCUGAGCGGCCCGCCGCUGACUGAGGCCGAGGUGGCGGGGGCGGAUCUGCCCCUGGCGUCCUACCUCGUCCAGAAGUUGGCCGCCCACGGAGACCGCGUUCUGCAGGUGGUGUUGGGCCAGGAGUGGCGGGCGGACUGGAUGCUGCGGCAGGCGGCGGCGGAGCUGUCGGCCCUGCGGAGGGCGGUGCCCGGCCUGCGGGAGGGGGACACCGUGGCCGUCUGCAUCGGGCGCUCCGCGCUCUUCGCGCCGGCCCUGCUGGCCGCGCUCUGCUCUGGGGCCGUCUGCGCCGUCGUCAACGCCACCCUGCCUCAUGAGAGCCUGCACCGAGUGCUACACGAGCUGAAGCCGGUAGCGGUGCUGUGCCAGCCACAGUUCGAGAAGUCCGCAUCAGACGCCAAACCGACCGACUGCCCGCUGCAGGUGCUGGGGUCUGCUGAGUCGGUAGCUGACGCUCAGCAGCUGCUGAUGGGGAGCGCCCAGGGGCUGCAGGCGGACAACACGGCCCCCGCCGUCGCUCUGCUCAGUUCUGGUACCACGGGACACCCCAAGACCAUCCGCAUACCUCGCCGCACCUUGGCCGUAACGAUGCGCUUACUCGCGCGAAGCGAUGCUAUUUUUGGAGGAGACGACAUCGUUUUGUUCACAACGGGGUUCUUCUGGGUCAGUGGAACGCUGUUCACGCUCUGGAGUAUCGACACCGGCAUGAAGUUCGUCGUGACGCCUGAGUUCAGUCCUCAAACUCUGCUGGAACACAUCGAGAUGUCUAAGCCCACCGUUAUGUUCAUGCCGCCGAACCAGUGGGUCUCGCUGGCCCGACAUUGUCCGGAGGAACGACUGCGGCCAGCGCUGCAGCAGGUGCGCGUCUGCAUGACGGGGGGCGCCGCGCUCAAGGCGGAGGCGCACGCCUGGAUAGAGGGGCGCACGGGCCGCCCGCUGACACAGUGGUACGGCCAGACGGAGGCCUUCCCGCUCUGCAUGGUCAUGAGCCGCCAAGCGCCGGCGCCCCAUGGCUCCGUGGGCCGCGUCAGCGCCGGGAUGCAAGCCAAGGUAUUGGACUUACAGACCGGGAAGCGUCUCGGUCCAGGAGUCGACGGCGAGCUGUGCUUCAAAGGAUGGGGCUUGUCAGAGGAGUACACGGACAAGGAAGGCUGGGUCCACACUGGAGACGUGGGCCACUAUGAUGCGGAUGGCAACUUCUACGUCGUCGACAGAGUAAAGGAACUCGUCAAAUACCGCGGUGUCCACGUGUCACCAUCAGAGCUGGAGGCCUGGCUGCUGGGACACCCGCAAGUGUCGGAGGCAGUGGUGGUGGGCCUGCCACAUGACGAGGACCAGGAGCACCCAGCUGCCUUCGUCGUGCUGGCCCAAGGCGCUACCGUCACUCCUGACGAGUUGAAGCAACUGGUCAAAGAGAAAGCGUGCGGCAGCGAGGAGAAGCUGCUACACGGGGGCGUGUUCCUGGUGGAGUCCAUCCCUCGCGUGGCCACUGGGAAGGUCAGCAGGGGGCAGCUGCGGCGCGCUCUCCUGGAGAGGGUCACAGGAAGGGCCUAAGCACACUCUCAGAAAUAGCAGCUGACGUCUUCUGGGGUUCGCUGCCGUCUCACAGAGCAACGGGUACCUUUCAAACGACAGCAGGCUACACAGUAACCCACUUGCUAUCCGCUGUACAUUUCUGUUCGCUGGUGUAACAUUACCUCUGUAAUAAAGUUCACAAGCCUUGCAGAAUAAGAACUGUGAGUUUUUCAGUUAAUCACAAUCAAAAGACAGACAGUUCUCCAGUACAGGAAAUAUGUACAAAAUGUUUACUACUAUAUGCUGGUAACUACAAUUAGGGCAUCAAUCGAUACAUUCCACUGCAUCCUAGGACGAGUAAGGUAUGUAAGACGAAGAUAACUGCAAUAUGUCAGCGUGUGACAUGUCUUAAUAUUGCUUCAUCUUUAUCCCUGCAUUUUAUUGAUGUAACUGUAUAAUUUUCGCUUCAUCCCAAUUGUCUAAUGUGCUGUGUAUAAGUGGCUGCAUAUUUUUCCCAUGAUUGCAUUGUUCUGAUGCGGAAAAUGGUACGGAAGCCUUAUGCUACGGCCAAGCUGAUGUGUGGUGAGGGCACGGUGGGAUAUGCCAGGUCCCCUGUUGUCGCGUGAAGCAUAAUGUGCGUGGAAAAUACAUACAUUAUCCAUAGGUAAUGACUUUAAUGGUAGCAUUUAAUCAAAUGAAUCGCCUGCGUAGGCGUGUAACUAAAUUAUGUGAUCUAUGUAGUUAAAAUAAGUUUUCGAUAUUCAGUA